GCUGUCCUGGAACCCACUAUGUAGACCAGGUCAGUCACCAACUCAGAGAUCCACCUGCCUUUGCCUCCCGAGUGCUGGCAUUAAGGGUGUGUUCCACUAGGCCUGGCUCAUACCUGACUUUAUUAUGUGGGUUCUGGGGGAUCAAACUUUGGCUGAUGUGGCAGGCACUGUACCAGCUGAACAUCUCACCAACCCUUACUACUGAGUUUUAAAUAGUCUGUACGUCAGAAUGUGAGUGACUGCAUUGCCAACUCAUAAAAGAAGACAUGGACGCUCAGAGAGUUUGACUGGCCCCGACUUGCUCCAGGUCACACAGCCUGUGUCUGUGACGGAACUCAGUGACACUCCAGGUCUGGAACAGUAAAACCUAGAGGUGUCUGCCAUCCUUCCAAUGGACUCCAUCAGAGGGGGUGGCGAUUAAGCUUGAAACAGACAGAUACAGUCCAGGCACAAAGAAGGAGUCCGACCUGUCGGUGGAGACUCCAGGGAAGUCUGGGCAGGAUGAUGGACAGCAAACAUCACCAAGGCCUGAGAUGAACUUAGCUCCACUAGGCCGACUCCUGUGACUUCUUCGACAACUGCAAGACACUGGAGAGUGCCAGACGGUGGUGGUGCACGCCUUUAACCCCAGAACUUGGGGAGCAGAGACAAGGUUUUGCUGUGUUGCCUAAGCUGGCCUUGAACUUGUUAUGCUACCCAACAUCAAGCUGCCAGCAGUUCCAGCCUUAGAACUCACUAUGUCCUGACCUCAAGCACACAGCAGUCUGGCCUCAGCCCCUUGAGUGCUGGGAUUACAGCCAAGUCUUCUGGGCCAGACCUGGUAGAAGCCAAAGCCCAUCCAUGGAGGGAUGCUGGGGAACAGAGGUGACCAAUGGCUCAGAGAGCGGCUCGGAAUUCAACCCAAUGAAGGAUUACAUGAUCCUGAGCGAUGCCCAGAAGAUUGCUGUGGCCGUGCUGUGCACCCUGCUGGGCCUGCUAAGUGCCCUGGAGAACAUGGCUGUGCUCUACCUUAUCCUGUCCUCCCAGCGGCUCCGCAGGAAGCCCUCGUACCUCUUCAUUGGCAGCCUGGCUGGGGCUGACUUCCUGGCCAGCGUCAUCUUUGCCUGCAACUUUGUCAUUUUCCACGUCUUCCACGGUGUUGAUACCAAGGCCGUCUUCCUGCUGAAGAUCGGCAGUGUGACCAUGACCUUCACAGCCUCUGUAGGCAGCCUGCUGCUGACCGCGGUUGAUCGGUACCUAUGUCUGUGCUACCCACCUACCUACAAGGCUCUAGUCACCCGUGGGAGGGCACUGGUGGCCCUGUGUGUCAUGUGGGUCCUCUCGGCAUUGAUCUCCUACCUGCCACUCAUGGGAUGGACCUGUUGCCCUAGUUCCUGCUCUGAGCUUUUCCCACUCAUCCCCAAUGACUACCUGCUGGGCUGGCUCCUAUUCAUUACCAUUCUCUUUGUUGGCAUCAUCUACACCUACGGGUAUGUUCUCUGGAAAGCCCACCAACAUGUAGCCAGCUUGGCAGAGCACCAGGACAGGCAGGUGCCUGGGAUAGCUCGGAUGCGGCUCGAUGUGAGGUUGGCCAAGACCCUGGGGCUGGUACUGGCUGUUCUGCUCAUAUGCUGGUUCCCUGCCUUGGCUCUCAUGGGCCACAGCCUGGUCAGCACGCUGAGUGACCAGGUCAAGGAAGCCUUCGCCUUCUGUUCCAUGCUGUGCCUGCUUAACUCUAUGAUCAAUCCUAUCAUUUAUGCCCUGCGAAGUGGAGAGAUCCGCUCUGUUGCCCAGCACUGCCUGGUAGGCUGGAAGAAGCAUCUACGAGGGCUCGGGUCUGAGGGAAAAGAAGAAGCCCCAAGGUCCUCAGUUACAGAGACAGAGGCUGAUGUGAAAACCACCGUGGUGCCUGCUUCCAGAAGUCCAGGCUGCUCCAAUUGCUGAUGGUACCUAGUUUCCUAUUAGAAACAGCCUGCGUGAGGAAUCAGUUUUCUCGCUCGAGGAGAGAGGAGUCCCAGACCCUGCGUCCUUCUGGAACCAGCUCUAGGGGAUUAAACACAGACCCCCUUUGGCCAAAGAGUACUGGGCUUCACGGUUGGAGGGUGACCUGGCCAUGCCUACCUGCACAGUCUAUGGAAAGUGGGCUGUGACGAGACAGGUUCUGUUUACAUCAAGUCAGGAAACCCUUCUGACUCCAGAGAUCAAGAAGCAAGGGGGGCCUCCAGGGACUGUAAUAGAGGACUCAGAGGUGGUGUGAGAAGAUGAAAGACCUGUUCUCCUGGGAUCGCAGAGUACCCUGGCCAGUGUGGCCACUGCCUGCAAGUUCAUCAGUGCCCAUGGUUGCCAUGGUGCGGAUUCCAGGCUGUCCUGCUGAUGAUUGGCAGCGAGACCAGCUAGCUCCGGUUCCCUCUUCAUGCUUUUGGAUUCUGUGACUGUAAAGCUCUGUGAGGCCCCACCUUUAGGCGACCCUGGCCUCUUGAGGAUCAAGAAUUGUGUGUGCUGAGGCUCAAGGAUGUUGACUCAGACAGUCACAAGCCAUCAGCUCAGAGUAUCUUGUUGGGCAAGGGCCCUCUUGACACCCUGAUAAGCCUUGAAGUCAUGUGACUUUAGGUCCUUGGGGACCCACUGGAGGUUCAGUCUGGAGGGACCUGUAUUGCUCUUGUCACAGCCUGCUGUGUCUAGUGUAGCAGUAUCCCUGGCUAGCCUAGCUCCAGGGCAAAGCAAGAUAUUCACAAAGAUUCUCUGGGUCCUAGACUGUUUCCAGUGAUGCUCACCUCUGCCUCCUUGUCUCUUCCAUACUCUGGUCCUGGGGGACAAACAGAAGGAGCUGAGGAGGAGAGACUUCCUGCUGUGGUCCAGACACAGACUGACGUCCUCUGUCCACAGCCCCAUGCUAUGUCCCUGGUACACGCUAUGUACCUGAAUUUUACCUUCACUAAGGGACAUCACCCUGCUGGUGACAGGAGGGAUAACACUGGGGACCACAGGCACAGUGAAAGGAAAGCUAUCCAUUAAUGUCAUUUAAUACAUUAAAAACCACAUGCUCCCUG